AUGGACUUUCCUUGCCCACAGCAAGACGGGGGUGGCAGGAGCACCAUGGCAUGCAAGUGGAGCCUGGCAGAGGCUCAGCAGAGACUGAACAGUUUAGCACUUCAUAAUUCUGAGUCCAUAGAUCAAGAGUAUGCCAAAACUCAAACUGAACUGUCAGAACUACAACGUAGUGAAGAAGAAUGGAGGCGGAAGGAAGCAGCUCUGCCACUGGGUGAGAACUGGGGAAUGUCUUCUUCGGAUGCCUUUAGUCAAGAUGUAUUUAAUAAGAGCUUUAUUAAUCAAGCUAAAACCAGCGAGGAUGAAGACCAAUCACUGUCAUUUCUACAAAAAUAUGAAGAUAAAAUUCGACAUUUUGGAAUGCUCAGCAGAUGGAAUGACAGUCAGUGGUUCUUGUCUGAAUACCCAGACCUGGUGUGUGAUGAAACUGCCAGAUACCUUCUUUUGUGGUGUUACCAUUUAGAAAGUGAACAGAAGAAUGCCCUCAUGGAGCAAGUUGCUCAUCAAGCAGUUGUCAUGCAGUUUAUCAUUGAAAUGGCAAGAAGUAGUAAUGUGGAUCCAAGGGGAUGUUUCCGCCUGUUUUUCCAGAAAGCUAAAACAGAGGAAGAAGGGUACAUUGAAGCUUUUAAAAGUGAGCUUGAAGCAUUUAAAUCAAAAGUUCGAAUGCACACCGAGCCCCAGAGGUCUGUGAAUCUACAUAAUCUUUCUCCUGGAUUUGAACAAGUUGGUAUACCAUGCUUUAAUACACAGAAUGUUCCAUAUUGUCAGAUGAAUUCAGAUCUGCACCAUUUUGUCCAUACAAAACCAACAGUGGAAGACGAUGCAAAGAUGAUGGAUAUACAAUAA